AUGGAAGUACAAAACCCAGAAGAACUUAUGAAAGUGUUACUCGAUAAUCCGUCGGCUAGAAGCCAGUUGAAUUCCUUUGUUGAGCAAGCAAUUGCGAAAAGUCACGUAAGUUAAGUGUGUUGUUUUUGUUGCGGGUUUGCUUGAUAAUUAAUUAAGUGGUUUCAUGACAACACUUAAUUGACAAAAAAUUCUUCCCUUUUGUUUUCCUCUAGUCACCUGCACCGUCAAAAGUUGUACCACUGGUAAGUAAAAGCCAAAUGUUACAAUUUACUUAAACGCUAGCUUUUGGGGGAAAAAACUAUAUACUAGGACAUUUGUUGACGUCAGCUGCAUCUUUCAGAUGUAUAUUUCGACGGGACAUUUUACUUGAUUUUCACGCUAUGUAGUGUAUGGCCAAUCCACUUUUAAUAUAUCCUGUGAGCUACUUUUUUAAAAUAAACUCUGUAACUGAUCUGACUCAGUUGGGGGCACAAAUUUGAGCGCUUUUUGGAGCCGGGUAGGGCACUAAAAUCACUUGUUCAAAGUUCGGUCCUCUACAGUCUGCAACUGAAGUCCUUCUGUCAUUAUUUCAUAGAUUAAAAAAUGUUAUGAACUGAAAACCUUGUAUGACACAAACCCGGGGGGGGGGUACUUUAAGAAUUUCUGGGUGGGGAUGUGCCGCUGGGACCCUGGAACCCUUAACCUAUACCAGAGCUAGUUCAGCUGAAUUUUGCUACCCUAUACUAGAGUAAACUCCCCAAAUCCCCCUAUCCUAGAGUAGCUGUUUACCUAGUCUAGAUAAAAUCUUCAACCAACUGCUCAGUUUCCUGAAAAAUGAUACCCUAUUCUAGACCCAAACGCUCUGAUUUAUAUACUCUAUCCUAGAGUAAACUGCUUGAAAACCAUACCCUUCCCGGCGGCACAUACCUAUAUAGCCCAUAUAUGGCAGUACCCCCCCCCCCCGGGGACACAAAGAACUACAGUACAUACACAUUUUCAAAUUUACAUACAAAAAUCCAAUUAAUAAAUAAUUCAAUAAUUUGUGACAAAAUAAAUCUAUAAAACUCAUUAACCCUCGGACGUACAAUGGCGGGGAGUUGGAUGCCAGCCCCCUGCCCAUAAGGUUUUCUCCCAGAGGAUCUUUUCAGUAGCUAUUCGUUCAUCCCUCGCACAUAUUUUGAGUCAAGUUUAAUUUUUUGGUCAUGGUCCAUUUCUAUGGUUACGAGAUAUGACAUCAAGUAAGAGGUGGUCAAGCCAUUUUUGAGUGAAAGUACAUUUUUUUUUUCCAACUUUUUCAAAAAUAACUAAAUCUUGUGGCCAAAAUCAUACAAAGUGCUUAAUUGUGUGUUAUUUUUCAUCUGAAGCACAAAAAAAUCACCAUUUCUCACGAUUUUAACCUGAUUUCUAAUCCUUGGUAAAAUCCAAGAUUGCAACCAAGAUGGCAACCAUUGUUGGUGACGUCACAGGCCCCCAGCAGCACCACCACCCAUAAAAUAUACCUCAUCUUGUAGAGAAGAUGAAAGGCUUUCCACCAAAGGUAAAAUAUCGUUUCAAAAUACUGCAACGUAUCAAAAACUCUGGGGAUGGGUUCCAUCCACCCAGUCCCCCCCCCCCUUGUACCAUGGUGGGGGUAUGAAUUUGCUUGUACGUCCGAGGGUUAAUAUAAUAUCUUAUAUUCAUAUCAUUAUAAAAUGUAAUGAAACCAUAAAAAAUACUACCCUAAUUGCUUCAAAAAUAAUAAUAAAAAAGAUGAACAAGGUGCAUUUUUAUUUCAUAUAUUGGGUUUUGAGGCAAAUCUGAAUAAUAGGGAAAACAUAAUCUACCUAUAGAUCCACAUAUCGCAAAAAAUAUAUUAACCAUUUAAUUGACUCAGUGAUAUUUCCUUCCACUUAUAAUGAGCACAACAUAUAUUAAAUUAUGUGGCGGAGAUUUGUAAGACAGUGAGACCCUUCCAUAUUACAUGUUGACUUAAUUACAAUUCAACAGAUAUGCUCUUGUUGAAAUAUUUCACAGGACAUUAUACGAGAUGCAUUUGAAUUUGAAUUCAAGGAUCAAAUUAAUCCAGGAGAAGGUAUAAUUAGACAACCUUAUUCUUCCUAUAAUUUAUUACCAGUAGAUAUAGUGGGAGGAAAUCAAAUGUAUAAUUGAAUCCUGAAAGAAUAUUUGCAUCUUAAAUGUUAGUUAAGAAGUCGGAUGUAUUGUAUGUGUUUAGUUUGAAAAUUGAAGUUGGGAACACGUAUUGUCCAUAUAUUAAAUUUAAUUUAUUAUCAGUUGAUGUUACUCGAGUGGGGUGUAUUGACUGUUUUAAAUUCUAUUUGUGCUAACGGCAAUAAUUUAAAAUUCGUAACAGUGCCUUGGUCAGAUGUUCAAGACUCUGUGAGAACUGAGAUGGUCGAGUAUGUAAGAGAGAUGAUGUCAUCAAGUGGUGUGUCAUUACCAACAAGAAGCAUUAUUGGAAAAAGGAUUAAAAGAUAUUAUAGGAGUCAAAGACACCAAGCUCAAAUUAAGGCAGACAAGGAGAAAAGAAGGAGACAGCGGUUUCUUAACAAAAGGAACCGCUUAACAAUGGUAGGAUUAUACUAUAUUUUUUACUUUCAUACUCAAAUGGCUUAGAUGAGGGAAAGUGAAUGGAGGGAUAUCGAGGUAGGGUGUUCAUGCCAGGACAAGUGAGGGACAGGAUUAAUGUAUUCUCCACUGCCUGGUUGUUUACAGCUGGCAGAUUAAGAUAAUUAACGAGGGAUUAGUGAGAAAUUAAAUUUGAAUGAAUUCACAUAAAUAAAUGUAAGCUUAUUAAAGUGCCUAGCACAUGUACUUGUGUACACUACGUGUGCUUGCGAAUUGACUAAUGAUUGUUGCAUCACUUGCAUGUGCAUUAAUUCACGUGAUUACUGACAUCAGAUGGACCAGGGCCUUUGUGGUGUCACAUUCCAUGCAUUUCAAAGGACACAUCCUAAGAAUGUGGAUAGAUUCUGGAAAAACCUCGCUAUACAGUUACUGAAGUGCCACUGACCAGUUGUUAUUAUUGUAUCAUUAUUUAUAACUAUUAUAAUUAUUUGUUAACAAACCGCUGUUCCUUUCUUUCCACAAUGGCUUCAAUUAAUCAAUGUCUCAUAAAUGUACCAAAAUGUUAACUUCCAGGAAAAGAGAGACAGGGAAGUAAGGAAAGCAUUGGAAAGGGAGGAGUUGAGCAGUGAAGAGAUAAAGGAGCUGAGAAGUACGAUUGCCCCAGUGGAAGCAAAGGAAGUGGUAGUUUACGAUUCUGAGGAUGAGGAUGCACGCUCUGACCUUCUCCUGAAACGCAAGAUCAGUUUGGAGAGAGGCAGGAAAACAGCCAGGGAAAAUCAACGCAGGGGAAGUCGCCUGCUGGCUCUUCUUAGUGGUAAUAAGGCACCCAGUCAGCAAGUGUCUGUCAAAGACCUGAUGGAGCUGGCAAAAGAGAAUGUUCCACUGCCAGCAGCUAAGGCUCCAUCAGCUAGUCUGACCCCUCUGAGGUGCUGUACAACAUCUACUGCUGAUGCAGCCUUACGUGCACAACAAAAGAGGGGCAGGCUAGCAUUAACUAGAAAGCCUCAAACAAGCAUAGGUAAGUUAUCUUUGGGCCCAUCAAGUGAACGCAGCAACCUCAUGGUGGCUGCUGGGGCACUGCGC